AGCAGCACUUGAACGCAGCACCAGGCUUGUGUCAAACUCCAAGGUGGGACCGGGUGGGACCUUUUAUAUAUGUCAAUGGGUGGGACUAGCUAGCUAGCUAGUAGGUGAGACAGACGCGCCCUCUCCAGGAUGACAGCACAGGGGAAAGAAAAUAGAAAAGUAACCGCUGCUCGGUUUCACUAAUGUCUGCUUUAUGAACCCACACAAGUCAGAAGGAUCUGAGAGAAGUAUUUGAUCUCCAAGCUGUUUUUUUCUUAUCUUUUUCUUUUUUCACAGAGGAGGGAGGGACCUUUAACUUUCCAGCUUUAGCUAGUGCGUGAAAACAGCCGACAGUACCAACACGGGGAUAUAGGACGAACAGACAGAACUCUGCCUGAGGACAGAAACAGUUCAACAUCGAUUAACCAACGGCAAAAAACCAACCGCUAAACACGGGCGGGCGUUGCAUAGCUUUAAUGGAUCGAUACGAUAACAUGGAUUUGGAGUUGGAGUGUGACGGAGAAGCUCAAAAAUCAUCGCUAUUCGCUGGGAUGUUCAAAAGAUCCUCCAAGUCUGCAGAACCAGCUCUCCAAGCACAGUAGAUCAUCUACUGUGACUGUGAUCUAUCUAGACCUCGCCUGAUUGGAUGGAGACAGGAGGGGUGUUCAGUGGGAUGUUUAAAAAAUCGCCAAAGCCUUUUGGAGCGAGGACACAAUCUCAGCCUGUGAAGCAGACAAACUCAGAUGUCGAGGAUCCAGCUGUGGGCGGUGAAAAGUCAUCAGAUGACAAACAGGUCAAAAGCAAAAUGAUUCAGCAAGAGACAGAGGAAAGAAGUGAAACUCCAGUGGUCCCACCCAGACCAACUGAAGAGGAGAUGAAGAGGACGUCCACAUACGUCAAAGUAAAAGCCAAAGGAACUGAGGAUAACCAGGAUAACCAGGCUAUGAUCUCCAGAUCUGCCAGACCAUCAGACGAGGAGCUUAACAGAACAACGGGACAAAAGCAGAAUAGCAACCAUCAGUUUAAUUUGCUGCAGAGCCAAUCAGAUGGCGAAGGCCUCAAAAAAGAUGAAUCUGCAGAAGCCGAAGAGGAGGAAGAGGUGAACGCCCCAGAAAGCAAAACAGCUCAGUCCGAUGAUGAAGGGCUGAAAGAAGAAGAUGUUUCUUCACCCAAAGAAGAAAAGAAAGUCGAGGAGGGCCAGGACAAAACAGAGACCAAAGUCAAGAAACCUAAGAGACACAAUCCCUUCAUGCCUCGGGGCAAGGGCAAAAGUAUACAGAGGAGCUCGCAGGACGGUGCUGCAGGAAAAACAGCAGAGGGUGUCUGCUCAGCUCCCGACAACUCUCGACAUAAUGAAGGUGGAAAUAGAUCAUUGUUUGACCAGCUGGAGGACUUCCGUUUUGACCCAGCGCAGCCUGAAGACAGACAGGGUGUGGAGGACCUUAUGGAAUGGUGGAACACAGUGGAGUCUUGGGAGGACACGCUUCAAGAUGAUGACAUGACAGAAAAAGAAGAGGCCAAAGCGUUUGCUGUGACGGCAGACAAGGUGCAGAAGGGCAUCCGUGUCUUCAACAAACUGUUUUCGGAGCGCGCCGAGACCCUCUGGCAGCACGUCAUGGACCUCAACAGCAUCGCAGACGGCCUGGACAAGUUCAGCAAGAACACAAAGAUUGCUCAAAUCACCGGCGGCUCCACCAGCGCCCUCGGGGGCGUGGCCACCAUCACCGGCCUUGCCCUGGCCCCGUUCACCAUGGGAACCUCUUUGAUUGUGACGGCGGUGGGAUUGGGUGUGGCCACGGCCGGCGGGCUGACAUCAGCGGGGGCCGGCAUCUCCAACCAGGUCAACAACUCGAUGGACCGCAAGAAGGUGGAGAAGAUUGUGCAGGACUAUCAGGAGAAGAUGGACGACCUCAACAAGUGCCUGACGUUUGUCAAGCAGGGUAUCGAGAACCUGAGGAGGUUUGACCUGAUCAAAAUGAAAAAGCAUGCCUACAACCGUGACUUCCCAGCGCUCAAUUUUAAUUUCUACGAAGACGGCGCCAUGGCAGGAAAGGCCAUUCUCAACAACGCUAAUGAGAUCAUGCGGUUGGUGCAGAUCGCCAAUAUGGCGGGCAGCACAGCAGCCAGAGCGGUCCAGAUUGCCAGUAUGGCCACUGGUGUGCUCACGGGACUCUUUGUAGGCAUGGACAUCUACUUUGUGGCCAAGGACUCCAAAGAACUAAAGAAAGGGGCCAAGUCAGAGUUUGCUGCCAAAAUCAGGGAGGUGGCUUUGCAGCUGCAUGAUGGUCUGGUGGAGCUCAACGGGAUACGAGGGGAGCUGCAGACCACCACACCAGAAACCAACGCAGGCAAUAAUACAGCUGCUUUGGACAGUGACAAGAGAGAGAAAAAUGACAGUUCAAGUGAAGAUGAAAUCAACCGCAUUAAAAAAGCCAUUAAAAAGGACUAUGAGAACCGAGAUUAUGUUUGACGGAAAAUUUUAAACUGUGCAAAGGCCUUAAAGGGGCUGUGCUUGAAAUACUCGGAGAAAAAAAGCGGGCUGGGAUUGCCCUCACACGGCACUCCCAGACCAUAGAGACAGAGCGCAUCGCGUCAUACGCUUUGGGUUGGCAGCUUAUAAAAACGUAAUUUAUGGGUUCUUUACAUUGUUGGUAGUGAGUAUCACCACACAGCAGCUUUUAGGAAAGGCAAGGCAGCUUUAUUUGUUUAGCACAUUUCAGCAACAGGGCCAUUCAGAGAGCUUUACCUAAAACGUUAGGUAUUUUUCUGUUGUUUUCUAGCAGACGGAAUUGACGAGGAUGCUCCUUCACGCAAUACAAGUCAAUGGAGAGCGGCGCAGUGGGACUUAAAUGCGCUCUGUCUCUAUUGCCCAAUAAGUUAAAUACUAAAAAGAUUUAGUAAGUAAAGACAUUUUUUGUCACAGCCACAUGCACUUAACAUGCACGCACAGCUGGACCAGGUAUCAGAACAAAGAGUAGAGAAGCUUGUGACUUUAUUCUCUGCUCAGGAGGCCAUUACUCAGUCCCUUUAAACUGUGCUUUGUUAUUAGGGUUUCGGAAGUGUCAGUUUCUUCUCCUUCAAAAUGUCUCCAAGUGUUUUUGAAAGUACCGGCUCAUAACUCAAGCUUACUGCUGCAUUGUUGGCAUCUGCGAGGUGGUUGGUGCUAAUUUCUUAAAAUGGAAAACUACAAUCAUGCCGGUUUCUAAAUGAGGGAACUCCCCUCUUGAUGAAAUGUAGUAGUUUCUAAAACCUCCGGACUUUUCUUUUAGGGAUGUGACUUCUUGAAUCUAAACAGCAUUUACACUACUGAGAGGAACUGAGGCUUUGCGGUAGAUAAAGUAUCACAUCUGCUUCUCUGGCUGUUGUGACAACGGGUGUGAAAUGGGAUACAAAGAUUUAACUAAAUCAUGUAUUUGGAUAGUACAGUUUUACAUGAGUGAAAGAAAUAAGUACAAAGUAUUUUGUAGACUUUAAAGUGUUGCUUAGAGUCUCAUUAAAGUGUGCUGGUUCAUAUUGAAA